UAAAACUGAUGCGGUACAGACUGCAAGAACGAUCAAUCUUCAGUCGAUUUUAGGGCCUGAGACUUCCGUAUAUAAGGCUUACGAAGUCGUUACUUACAGUGUCAUAGUCAACCACAUGACUUUGAGAACCGAUCUUACAAUGCUGCUUUUGAAGAACCUACUCUAAACAUAAAACCACACUCCGACGAAUGUCCAUGUCAGCAUUCAGCACUUGCCAGAAGAAAUCAUUUCAAAUAUUUCUCUUCCCCGACAGCGGCACUACCUCCAUGAAGCUCUUUCCCCCCUUCCUUUCUGCGCUAGCUCUUGUUGAAGGUGUUUAUCAGAUUCCUGAUGACUUCCCGACGUGUCCAGUAAUAGGUGGACCUCAUGGGAAGAAGUUCAACGAUGCCAUCAAGUUAUAACAUGGGCAAAAAGUGACGACGAUCACGAUAUGUCAUGGUCCUCGCGUGGAUGACCUCGGCACCAAUUGUUGCCUCCGAAUAGCAAGAGCCAAGAUCUGUUUUUA